UUUUUCGUUCUUAAUAACCCUUCUUGUCUCAAACUUACCAUACUGAUUAUACCCCAAGGCUUUAACACUCACAAUUCGCCGUCCAUGUCGUCCACAGCAUUAGAUACCGCAGACAAACGCGCGUUUCCUGGUAAAGACUGCCUAACAUGUCGUCUUACUGGGGCCGCAGCAUUCACUGGCAUCGGAACGUACGCGCUGGUACAAGCCAAUCAACAAGGAGCCUUCAAGCGGAUACGGCCGCAAGGUGCACCAGUCGUGGCGGGGAAAAUCACAGCGUUGGUUGGAACUGUCUUCAUAGGCUUGGGUAUAGGGAGGCUGUUCAUAUAGGAUGUCAAAUUGAUCAUUGAAACGACAUUAAUGCGACAACGCAGUCAACAACCAAAAUCCUCGACCGUCACAUGCACCCUCGCACCUAUGUGAACGCUAGCGGUUUUUAACCAUCGCUACUCAGCUUGGGCCACCCAAUCAUCGCAUGUGCUAGAGAUAGGAACCGGGAAUGGAUAGGAGUAUGGAUACACAUGCAUCGGGAAAGAAUUGUACAACGACCGCCACAGUUUCAACUCAAAAAUAGGUGACGACGUAACUUAUUGCUCGUUAACAAAGACAGCAGCCAUACCCUUCAACAAAUUAGCAAUAGAUCACCUUCCUUGUGCAUCAUACCAAAACUUACCAUACCGCUUCCGAUACACAUGCUCGUCACAAAAAUCUUCUUCUUUUCACGUUUGGCCUCAGAAAAUGCUGUGGCGAUCUGUCUGGCGCCCGUGCAGCCCAAGGGGUGACCAAUAGCGAUGGCGCCACCGACAGGAUUGACAAUUUCGAAAGGAAUAUGGAGGUGUUGGAUGGACAUGACUGCUUGAGAUGCGAAGGCCUGAUAGAGCAGCGCGUCAGGAAGUUGGCUGGUUACCAUCAACAGAGGAAACGCACUUCGUUGAUCUCAAAGAAGUCGACAUCAUCCUUGGAUAUGCCAGCCUUCUCAAGGACCUUGGGGAUAGCAAAUGCGGGGCCAAUACUGCAAAUGAUGU